CGGAAGCGGAGAGCGUGGAGAGGAAGGCUCGGUGCCCAGCGGGACACGGGUUCGAUCCCUGGUCGGGGAACUAAGAUCCCACAUGCCGCAGAGCAACUAAGCCCGCACGCUGCAACUGCUGAGCUCACGCGCCUCAACUGGAGAGCCCGGGCGCCGCAAUGAAGAGACAGCCUGCCUCAAUGAAGAUCCCACGUGCUGCAACUUAGACCCGACGCAGCCAAAAAAUAUAUAGAAAAUAGAUCGACCUCUAAAGACUCAUAUUUUCUGAGGAAGAAACUCGGAAGAGGAGGGAGAGGAAAGAAAAGGAGUCAGAAAUGGCUCUUUCUCAGGAACGGUUGGCCUUCGAGGAUGUGGCCAUCGAGUUCUCUCAGGAGGAGUGGGAAUGCCUGGACCCUGCUCAGAGGGCCUUGUACAGGGACGUGAUGGUGGAGACCUACAGGAACCUGCUCUCCCUGGAUAUCUCUCCCACACAUGUUAUCAAGAAAUUACAACCAAAGGAGAACACUAAUUCAACAGAUAUAUUCCAGACAGUGAUUUUGGGAAGACACGAAAGCCAUGAAGUCAAAGGUUUUUACUUAAGGGAAAUCCGAGAAAAUAUGCAUCACUUUGAGUGUCAGUGGAGAGAUGAUGAGAGAAAUUACAAAGGAAUGCCUGUAACCCAUAAUGAAAAUCUCACUGAUAGAAAAGAUCAACAUGGUAGAAGUGAUGCAGGAAACAAGCCUAUUGAAAAUAAGCUUGCAUUAAGCUUUCAGGAUGAACUGCAGAUAUUUCACACUGAAAGGAAAAUUUAUGAAUGUAAUCAAGUUGAGAAGUUCAUCAACAAUAGUUCCUCAAUUUCAGCUCUCCAAAGAAUUACUCCUAGUGUCGGAACCAACACUUCUAAUAUGUAUGGGAAUGAUUUUAUCCAUCCUUCAAUACUGACACAAGACCAUAAAGCACACAGGGAAAAACCUUACAAAUGUAAUGAGUGUGGCAGAGCCUUUAGUAUGUGCUCAAGCCUCACGAACCAUCAAGUAAUCCAUACUGGAGAGAAACCUUACCAAUGUAAUGAAUGUGACAAGGCUUUUUUCCAUAGUUCUAAACUUGUAAAACAUCAAAGAAUUCAUAGUGGAGAGAAACCACACAAACGUAAUGAAUGUGGUAAAGCUUUUAUCCAAAGUUCAAGCCUGGCUGACCAUCAGAAAAGUCAUGCUGGAGAGAAACCAUACAAGUGUGAUGAAUGUGGCAAAGCCUUUAUUGUGCAUUCAAGCCUAAUCAACCAUCAGGUAGUCCACACUGGAGGGAAACCUUACCCAUGUAAUGAAUGUGGGAAGACUUUCCUCAAACGUUCAAACCUUAGGCUUCAUGAGAGAAUUCAUACUGGAGAGAAGCCAUACAGGUGUAUUGAAUGUGGCAAGGCCUUUAGGCAAUGGUCUGACAUCAGGAUUCACCAAAGAAUUCAUGCUGGAGAGAAGCCUUUCAAAUGUAAUGAGUGCGGCAAAGCCUUUACUCAGGGCUCACACCUCACUAGACAUCAGGUAAUCCAUACAGGAGAGAAACCAUAUAAAUGCGAUGUAUGUGACAAGGUCUUCAGUCAGAAUUCACACCUUGCAAGUCAUCGGAGAAUUCAUACUGGGGAAAAACCAUACAAAUGUAAUGAGUGUGGGAAAGCCUUUAUUGUUCGUUCAAGCCUAACUUACCAUGAGGUAAUUCAUACUGGAGAGAGAUCUUACAAAUGUAAUGAAUGUGGCAAGGCUUUUAUCAAGAGUUCACAUCUUAGGCAUCAUGAGAGGAUUCAUACUGGAGAGAAGCCAUACAGGUGUAUUGAAUGUGGCAAGACUUUUCAGCAAUGGUCUGACAUCACUACUCACCAAAGAAUUCAUGCUGGAGAGAAGCCUUUCAAAUGUAGUGAGUGCGGCAAAGCUUUUACUCAGGGUUCACACCUCACUACACAUCAGAUAAUCCAUACUGGAGAGAAACCAUAUAAAUGCAAUGUAUGUGGUAAGCUCUUCAGUCAAAAUUCACACCUAGCAAGUCAUCGGAGAAUUCAUACUGGAGAGAAACCAUACAAAUGUAAUGAGUGUGGCAAAGUCUUCAGUCAAAAUUCACACCUUGUAAAUCACCAGAGAAUUCAUACUGGAGAGAGACCUUACAAAUGUAAUGAGUGUGGCAAAUCCUUUAGUGUGCCUUCAAACCUCAGUAAACACCAGGUGAUCCAUACUGGAGAGAGACCUUACAAAUGUAAUGAAUGUGGCAAGGCUUUUAGCAGGCGUUCACACCUUAGGCUUCAUGAGAAGAUUCAUACUGGAGAGAAAUCAUACAAAUGUAUUGAGUGUGGCAAAGCCUUUAGACAGUGAUCCUACCUCAGGAUUCACCAAAGAAUUCAUUCUGGAGAGAAACCUUACAAAUGCUGUGAUUGUGGCAAAGCUUUUACUCGGGGCUCACACCUCUCCAGUCAUCAGAAAAUCCAUACUGGACAGAACCUUACAGAUGUACUGAGUGUUGCAAGGCUUUUAGGUAUUGCCUUAAACUCAGGGUUCACCAAAUAGUCCAUACUUAACAAAUGCAAUGAAUGUGGCAAUUUUCAACUUACUGCACACUUUUCACCAAGUAACAGGAUCUGUAUUCUGGAGUGAAACCAUACAAGUGUAGUGUGUGUGAUAAGGAUAUUUUAUCCAAAUAUCAAACGUUGGGGAACAUAUUGGAUGGACACCUUUAAAAUGCAAUAAACAUGGCAAAGGCUUUCACUUGAGUUAAGUAUUAGGCAACAGCAGAGUCCCAAAGAUCAAAACUAUGGAGCAUCAGAGGAUUUAUGUUGGAGAGCAACCUUACAAAUGUAAUGAAUGUUGUAAGGCUUCUUCAGAUGUGCAUGCCUUUG